AAGCCCAAAGAAGAAGAAGUAGUAGCAGUUGGAUAAGGAGAAGAAGAAGAAAAAGAAGGAGAAACAUGGCGGAGAGGGAUGCCGGCGAGAGUGACCACACAACAGCUUCCCCUCAAAAUGACCUCAGGAGCGUGCUGGUCACCAGCGUGCUCAACCUGGAGGAGCUCGACGUGGACCUGUACAGAGGGACGCACCACUGGGUGCCCCGCAGUCAGCGUUUGUUUGGGGGCCAAAUCGUGGGCCAGGCCCUCGUGGCCGCCGCCAAAUCCGUCGGCGACAAUCUCUUCGCCCAUUCCCUCCACUGCUACUUUGUACGAGCGGGGGAUCCUAAGGUUCCGGUGCUGUACCAGGUGGAGCGCACCAGAGACGGGCGCAGUUUUGCGGUGCGCUCCGUGAAGGCGGUCCAGCACGGGCAGCCUAUCCUCACGUGCCAGGCCUCGUUCCACAUGCAGCAGCCGAGUCCCCUGCAGCACCAGUUCACCAUGCCGCAGGUCCCGCAGCCCGAAGACCUGCUCACCGUGGAGGAGCUCAUUCACCUUUACCUCAGUAAACCAGACUUGGCAGAGAAAUCAAAGCAAGGCCUGAACAAGCUGCUGGCCAACGAGGUCCCCAUCGAGAUCAAGCCAGUGAACCCCCCACACUCUUUCACGCGCGCUGCAAGCGAGCCCAGGAAGCUGUUCUGGGUGCGAGCGCGAGGACACAUCGGCGAAGGCAACAUGAAGCUGCAUUGCUGCGUUGCCGCCUACGUGUCCGACUUUGCGCUGUUGGGCACGGCGCUGCUGCCCUACCCCAACCACAGGGCCCACUUCUCGGCGUCCCUGGACCACGCCAUGUGGUUCCACAGCACGUUCCGCGCCGACGAGUGGAUGCUGUACGAGUGCGAGAGCCCCUGGGCAGGGGGGAGCAGAGCACUGAUCCAGGGCCGACUGUGGAGAAGAGACGGGGUGCUGGCCGCCUCGUGCUCCCAGGAGGGGGUCUUGAGAGUGAAAGAAGUCACAGAGUCCAGCAAACUUUAAGCACAUUCAUGAGAUUUACCAUAUUUUUGUAACUAAAUCAUAAAUAUUGUUUAAAACUAAUGUUUUAAUUUAUAAUAAAGACAUUUACAGAAGAUAAUUUAUUAGGAAAAAUCUAAUGUUUUUUAAUAAACACUGUAAAAGGUUUUUAAUGGAUCGAUUUUGUUAGUAUUCUUAUAGUGAAGUUCAUGCUCGAAUAUGAAUGAUCUAAUUCUACUGUAAAAACUUUUGAAAUUCCAACGGUUCCCAAAUGUUUCCAACUGACCUGAAGGUUCAACAAAGUAGAAACUUGCAUGGUCUAACACUAGUGUACCUGCCUUUUUUUAAAUGCAACAAUACCAGCAGCUGACACACGGGUGCCCCUCCGCACCCUCGCUCCCAUUUUGUAAAGAUCUGACUUUCAAAGAGAAUAAAAGCGCGUUAAUAGAAUGUAGAGAGAAGGACAGCGAAGGGGAGGAACAGCCUGAUCCUCAAGUAUUGAUUGGAAAAAAAAACAAAUUAUUGGGGAGGAAAUGUGCAACCUGAUCUACCAAUUGAAAAUGAAAAGAUUGCAAUCAUGGGAGAGCAAGAAAGCCUGGAAAAUGUACAGACUGAUCCUCCAGCAGAGACGUAUGAAAGGGGAGAUGAUUGAUGAGCAGGACAGGAUGAAAUUGUGCAGGUGGUUCUUGGUUUAUUUUUUUCACAAGGCGGGGGACUUAAAGUGCAUAAUGCGUAAAGGCUGGACACAAUGUUAGCCAAGAAAGUCUGGACUAUUGUACGGUAUUUGCUUUUGAGGGCCUGUAGGUUCUGCCACACGAGGCUGAAGAUGGAAUGAAUAUAAUAUAUAAUGGAGAGACAUAUGAAGAUGGCUCUUUGGUCUCCUCUGCAGGUCCCACUUUCGAUCGAUCUGAAUCUUAAUACCAUGUGCUGAACAAACAAAUUUUUGAUUGCACAUGUCCAGUGUCUGCGUAUCACAGAUUGAAAUGUAUUUUUUGUAUUUUGAAACAAUUUUAUGAAAUUUAUACUCAUGUAUUGGGUUUAUUUCUGUAAAGUCAUUGUGAAUAAAGCUAUCAUAAUGGAUCAUG